AUGGAUACAAUUAAGGUCGUUGGUGAUUAUGUCAGAGAAAGGUCACCUUUUUCGCUGGACACAUGGUUCGGAAGGCCGAAGAAAGCUGGCGGAGGCAUGGAGCGUGGGUACGAUACGGUUCCCCGGGCUGAGUUGCGUGGUGAUGAGGAGCCUCCUUUGGAGUAUAAGAGCAAGAUUGACGCCCUUGAUGAUGAACAGUUGGAGAGCCGAUUUGAGGAGAUGCUGACGGAUAUGAAUAUAGGUGAGAAGAAGAAGGAGCCGUUAAGAAAAUAUUCAAGUGACCAAAAGAAAAAAAUGUUGGUCGCGUAUAAAUUUGUCAAUACACAGGAAGGUCGUUCGAAAUUUGAAAAGCCAUCAGACUACGUGACCUACCUCAAUCAGCCAGAGUUAUCAGUUGGGAAGUUGCACAGUUGUUUGGAGAAUUUACGUAUUUCACUAACGAAUAACCCGCUGUCUUGGAUCGAGGAGUUUGGGACAAAGGGAAUUGAGAGUUUGCUGACCACACUCAAUGUUUGUUAUACUAAUGAUUCCCGCUACGAUCGCGUUCAAUACGAGUGUAUCCGAUGUUUGUCAGCUAUUUUAAAUAAUACGGUCGGUAUUCGAGCUGUGUUUGAAUGUCGGGAGGCCUUGCCGGUACUGGCUAGAAGUCUGGACGCAAGGAAGCCCCAUUGUGCCUUGGAAGCUGCUAAGGUGCUAGCUGCAAUAUGUUUGAUACCGAAUGGCCACGAAAAAGUUCUAGAAGCGAUCACGAUGGCCGGCGAGUCGAGUCGAAAACCAAGAUUGCUACCCAUUGUGGAGGGACUUCAUCCCAAAGCGCCUGAGAGUUUAAAGAACGGCUGCAUGCAACUGAUGAAUGCAAUAAUAACGGAGCCAGAGGAAUUGGAGUUUCGAAUGCAUUUGAGAAGCGAAUUUAUGAGAACUGGACUUUAUGAUCUGAUUGAGGAUUUAAGAGCGGGUGCGGAAGAUGGCGGUCGUCUGAUUCAAAUGAACGUCUUUGAUACUUACGCUACUGCGGACCAAGAGGAGUUUCUCGCUAAGUUUGAUGAUGUCAGAGUGGACUUCCAAGACGUGAACGAGUGCUUCGAGCUGGUGAAGAAUCUGGUACUGGAAACUCCAGCAGAACCGUUCUUGCUCUCCAUAUUACAGCAUCUGCUAUUCAUCAGAGAUGAUGAGCUUAUAAGACCUGCGUACUACAAGCUAAUAGAGGAAUGUGUAACUCAAAUAGUGUUACACAAAAAUGGCUACGAUCCCGACUUCAGACUGACACAACGAUUCAAUAUUGAUGUACAGCCUUUGAUUGACGGACUUAUUGAAAAGUCUAGAGCAGAGGAAGAAAAGAAGCUCGAAGAGUUAAAAAGUAAACUGGAGGUGGCCAUCUCGGCCCGACAGGAAGCAGAGGCCAGGGUGACGCAUCUAGAAGAGAGGAUGAAAAGUAUUUCUACGCCGAGUGGGCCUGGUGGAGUGUCUCAGGGAAAUAUCGCUGCUAUUGCUAAGGCAAUCGGCAGCCCCGGAGGUCCACCCCCACCGCCGCCGCCGCCUAUGCCUGGAGGAGGGCCACCGCCACCGCCGCCGCCACCAUUCCCCUCAGGUGGUCCCGCGCCACCACCUCCGCCUCCUAUGCCUUCAGGUUGGUAUUUUGUAAAGCAUUCUAUGAGUAAAAUUGAGGGUCAGGGCCACCGCCUCCCCCCUUCCCAGGAAUGGGGGGGUCCACCACCGCCCCCUAUGCCGGGAAUGGGUCCGCCGCCACCGCCUCCUCCUCCAGGAAUGGGACCAAGACCACCGCCCCCGCCGGGAGGCUUCAUGGCGCCUAGGAUGCCACAACCAGAUAUCCUACCUCACGGUUUGAAGCCUAAGAAGAAGUGGGAGGUCGAAGGACCCCUAAAACGUGCCAACUGGAAAACUAUUGUGCCACAAAAAAUGUCCGAAAAGGCUUUUUGGGUUAAGGUACAAGAAGAUAAAUUGGCGUCACCAGAUAUCCUAAGUGGUCUCGCGUUGAAGUUCUCAAGUAAACCAGUUGCUAAGAGAAACGAGGAUGCUGUUGAUAAGGUGCACACACUAAAAAAAGUGAAAGAUUUGAAAGUGCUGGAUUCGAAGGCUGCUCAAAAUCUGUCGAUCCUUUUGGGUGGUUCGCUCAAACAUAUGUCGUACGAACACAUACGUACGUGUAUCUUAAAGUGCGAUACUACAGUGCUCACGGCAAAUGUUUUGGAUCUCUUGAUACAGUACUUACCUCCAGCAGACCAGUUAAAGAAACUGGCUGAACUUAAAUGUAAGAGUCAAGAACUGACUGAAGCUGAACAGUUUGCGGCGACAGUUGCAGAUAUUAAACGAUUGGUGCCGCGGUUAAGGAGUUUAGCAUUUAAAGAACACUAUAGGGAGAUAAUAUCAGAAGUUAAGCCGGAUAUAGUGUCAGGCACGGCAGCCUGUGAGGAGGUAAAGUCGAGCGGCAAGUUUUCCAAAAUCCUUGAACUUCUGCUUCUAUUGGGUAACUAUAUGAACACGGGGUCAAAUAACGCUGGCGCUUUCGGAUUCGAGAUCAGUUUUCUUACCAAGUUAACAGCCACAAAGGACUUGGAGAACAAGCAGACAUUGUUACACUAUUUAGUGGAUACGAUAGAACAGAAAUUCCCCGACGUACUUAAUUUUGCGGAGGAGAUGCCUCAUAUUGACAGGGCAGCGAGAGUGUCAAUGGAGAGUCUACAAAAAUCGUUAAAGAAAAUGGAAAAUGACAUUCGCGCUUUGGAGACGGACCUGAACAACUCGCGGGUACAACAGAGCCCUGACGACUUGUUCAACGAGUCUAUGAGCAGCUUUGCCGUUGAAGCACGUGAGCAAUGCGAUCUCCUCCACUCGAUGUUUAGGAAAAUGGAGACAUUGUACAAGGGUAUAGCGGAGUACUACGUGUUCGAUCCUCAGAAAUAUACGCUAGAGGAAUUCUUCUCGGAUAUCAAGACGUUCAAGGAUUCUUUUGCGGCGGCAUAUCAAGACAACGUAGUAAUAAGAGAGACGGAAGAGAGAGCUAGAAGAGCAAGAGAAGCUCGUGCUACCGCUGAAAGAGAAAGAAGAGAUCGCCAACAUCGGUACAAGCAGUUUGUGGACAUGGAACAUGCCCAGGAUGGUGUUAUGGAUAGUUUGAUGGAAGCGUUACAGAGUGGUUCAGCGUUCAGCAGAGAACGGCCCAGAAAGAAAGCCAAUCCCAGAGUUGCAGGAGCUGAGCGAAGAGCGCAGUUGAACCGUUCAAGAUCGAGGUCUGGUUUAACCGGACCGCUUACGACUAGAGAAUUAACGAAUGAGUUGCUGAGCAACGCGUGA